AUGGCUCUUGACAGUCAAAAUUCACAAUCGGUAGAACAUUGUUUCAAAUUUUAUGUGUCACAAAGUGCUGCUAGUAAUUGUCCUGGUGAUCCGAUUUUUACAUCAACAACUACAACAACAGCAGCUAUAACAACAUCUACUAUACGUACAUGUUGGGGAAUCUAUGAAGAAAAUGGUCCAUUUGAGUUAUAUCAUAUUGAUCGAUGUACUGAUCGAGAAUGUCAAUGGUCAUGUGCAUCAAUUUCACGUAACAUCAAGUUUUCAACUAAUGCCAAAAAUAUCUUGUGUAUGAUAUUUUAA